AUGUUCGGCAUCGGCGGCGAUUCUGCCGCACGCCCCGUCGGCCGCGAGCACGUCCCCGUCUACCCCGCCUACUUUCUCUACCUGCGCUUCGCCCAGCUGCUUGUCACCGUCAUCGUCCUUGGCCUCGACGCCUAUGGCCUGUCUGUCCUCUCCUUUUCCGGUGACGAGCUCAUGAUCUUCACCGUCAUCGCCUCCCUCAUCGUCUGCAUCUAUGUCCUCGUCGCCACCCUCGCCGCCCCGGCCGCCUACAACUACUGGGCCGUGUUGUCCCUCGACAUUCUGCUGGUCGUCUUCUGGCUGGCGUCCUUUGCCCUCCUCGCCUCCCAGGUCGCACCCUUUAUGGGCAACCAGACCUACUGCGCCUACGGCUACUGCUACCACUACGGCCUCGAGGGCCAGUCGCUCGUCUACGCCCAGUGCCUGGCGGCCGCUGCCGGCCUGGGCGGCCUCAAUUUCCUCUUCUACAUUGCCACCACCGUCAUCAACGGACUCGCCCUCCACGUGCACCGCGGCCACGGCCUCCACUCCGUCGCCGGUCAGCCCGCGACGUCUCCGGCCGGCCCGGCCCACCUCGAUGCCGAGAAGGCCGCUGCCGCUGCCGGGGCGGCGAGCGGUGUCCCGGCCGGCAAUGUCGUGCCCCUGCAGCAGGCCAACCCUGCUGUCUACUACUACCAGCCGCCCGUCGCUGCCCCUGUGGCCGCGGCCCCGAUUGAUCCAAAUGCGCAGUACUAUGCCGUUCAGCAACAACAGCAGGCUGGGGCAGUCGUGUCAGCACCAACACCGUCCAUGGGAGCCUGA